UCAGAAAAAAAAUAGAGAAAACAAAGGCAAAGAGAUAACAAUGCUUCAUCAGGGAAGCUGGUUCUCCAGCUUGAUGAUACUCUCUGCCAUUUUCUCUUUAACUUCGUUCAUGCUAAAGUCUGAAGGAGCAAACCAUACAGUUGGCGACAGCUCUGGCUGGGAACUCUUGACAAACUAUACCAACUGGACACAGGGAAGAGAGUUUCAUGUCGGCGAUGUCUUAGUUUUCAACUACAACAAGGACCAGCAUAACGUUAUGCAGGUUAACUCUACCGCUUACGCAGAUUGUGGAAGAGAUAAUUACAUCUCUCUCUUCACCAACGGCAACGACUCAAUAAUUAUAUCAGAGGUUGGAGAGCACUGGUUCAUCUGUGCAAUGUACGAUCAUUGUGAGAAUGGCCAGAAGCUAAGUAUUAAUGCAACUCUUUGAGUAUUGUUGAUGAGUGAUAAUCAAAGAUAGGAAGCUUGUUGUUUGUGCCAUCUCUAGCACCAGAAUAAUGUCAUAUACUUGAAUAACAUCAUCUGAAUAAUAUAAUAUCAUUAGCUUGAAUAA